UGCUAAUGUUGUUGAUAUCCUGGGGCCACCCGAGUUAAAGGGGGGAAAUCCGGGGGCUGCCGCAGCUGCCACCGGUCUGGGCCCAGCUGGGGGCCCCUGUGGUCACUGCAGUCCCGGGUAGAGGCGCCUGCCCCCAGCGCGGGGAGGGGGCGCCGCGGGCCUGGGGAGCACGGACAACCCCUACCCAUGAGGCCCUGAUGGAAAACACAAAGGAUCUGACUGAACAUUCUUCACGAUCUGAAAGGAAAAGAAGAGACUCUUUCGGGAUGUUUGACGGUUAUGAUAGCUGCAGUGAGGAUACAAGUAGCAGCUCCAGCUCUGAGGAGAGUGAAGAAGAAGUUGCUCCUUUACCUUCUAAUCUCCCAAUUAUCAAAAACAAUGGACAGGUCUACACAUACCCAGAUGGUAAAUCUGGUAUGGCUACCUGUGAGAUGUGUGGGAUGGUUGGUGUGCGAGAUGCUUUUUACUCUAAAACAAAGCGUUUCUGCAGCGUUUCAUGUUCAAGAAGUUAUUCAUCAAACUCCAAGAAGGCAAGCAUUUUGGCCAGACUUCAGGUAACGGGUAAGCCUCCAACAAAGAAAGCAAAAGUUCUUCAGAAACAACCUUUAGUUGCUAAGCUAGCAGCAUACGCUCAGUACCAAGCUACCUUGCAAAAUCAAGCAAAGACUAAAGCAGCAGCAGUCUCCAUGGAAGGUUUCAGCUGGGGUAACUACAUCAAUAGCAAUAGCUUUAUAGCAGCUCCAGUUACCUGUUUUAAACAUGCACCUAUGGGGACCUGCUGGGGUGAUAUCUCAGAAAAUGUGAGAAUAGAAGUUCCUAAUACAGACUGCAGCCUACCUACCAAAGUCUUCUGGAUUGCUGGAAUUGUAAAACUAGCAGGUUACAAUGCCCUUUUAAGAUAUGAAGGAUUUGAAAAUGACUCUGGUCUGGACUUCUGGUGCAAUAUAUGUGGUUCUGAUAUCCAUCCAGUUGGUUGGUGUGCAGCCAGUGGAAAACCUCUCGUCCCUCCUAGAACUAUUCAACACAAGUAUACGAACUGGAAAGCUUUUCUAGUGAAACGACUUACUGGUGCCAAAACCCUUCCGCCUGAUUUCUCACAGAAGGUUUCUGAGAGUAUGCAGUAUCCUUUCAAACCUUGCAUGAGAGUAGAAGUGGUUGACAAGAGGCAUUUAUGUCGAACACGAGUAGCAGUGGUGGAAAGUGUAAUUGGAGGAAGAUUAAGACUAGUGUAUGAAGAAAGUGAAGAUAGGACAGAUGAUUUCUGGUGCCACAUGCACAGCCCAUUAAUCCAUCAUAUCGGUUGGUCUCGAAGUAUAGGCCAUCGAUUCAAAAGAUCUGAUAUUACAAAGAAACAGGAUGGACAUUCUGAUACACCGCCACAUUUAUUUGCUAAGGUAAAAGAAGUAGACCAGAGUGGGGAAUGGUUCAAGGAAGGAAUGAAAUUGGAAGCUAUAGACCCAUUAAAUCUUUCUACAAUAUGUGUUGCGACCAUUAGAAAGGUGCUGGCUGACGGAUUCCUAAUGAUUGGGAUUGAUGGCUCAGAAGCAGCAGACGGAUCUGACUGGUUCUGUUACCAUGCAACCUCUCCUUCUAUUUUCCCUGUCGGGUUCUGUGAAAUUAACAUGAUUGAACUUACUCCACCCAGAGGUUACACAAAACUUCCUUUCAAAUGGUUUGACUACCUCAGGGAAACUGGCUCCAUUGCAGCACCAGUAAAACUAUUUAAUAAGGAUGUUCCAAAUCACGGAUUUCGUGUAGGAAUGAAAUUAGAAGCAGUAGAUCUCAUGGAGCCACGUUUAAUAUGUGUAGCCACAGUAACUCGAAUUAUUCACCGUCUCUUGAGGAUACAUUUUGAUGGAUGGGAAGAAGAGUAUGAUCAGUGGGUAGACUGUGAGUCCCCUGACCUGUAUCCUGUAGGGUGGUGUCAGUUAACUGGAUAUCAACUACAACCUCCAGCAUCACAGUCAUCAAGAGAAAGCCAAUCAGGUUCAUCAAAACAGAAGAAAAAGGCUAAGUCCCAGCAAUACAAAGGACAUAAGAAAAAAAGGAAGAUGCCAGUUGGGAAGAAGCCUGUCAGUUUGUCGAGCCUGCCCAUGACAGGUGGGGUGCGGAGGAGCUUCUCUGGUGACGAAGAGUUGACUCCUCCUCCAUAUCGAACCCUUCCAGCACAGACGGCCCCGGAGGCCUUCCCACCUCCCAGCACUAGCCGGGAGUUCAUUCCCAGCCUCAAAACAGGGUAUGUUAUUUAGCUUCUACCUCCCUAAUGGUGUAUUAGGUCGUCUUCAUCCUUCCAUCCUGUUUUUCUGAAGAUCACUCUUAACAUCCUUUCAUCUAGAGAAAAUUAUGAUACCUGCUUCGUAUGAAGAACAUAUUAGGACUGAAAAUCCAAUGUUAUCUGCUCUUUAACAGAGAAACCUUCAAAGUCUGUCUAAAGAGCAUUCAAGUUUCAUUUCUUAUUAGUAUAUUUGCUUUAACUUUUUGUCUUUUUGCACUUGUUGUUUAUGAAAUAGUCGUCUUUUACCUAAGUAAUUAACUGUGGGUAUUGUGAGCCCUGAAUGUAUUUGAAUUUUUAUUGGAUUUUGGGUGUGUUUUCUUUAAGCAUUAAACUGAUUUUGGAGAUGUGUGUUACAUUUUGUGAGAGGUUACGGAUUGGUGGGAAACAAAAGUUGGCUUCUGGGAUUAACAGAACCCAAGAACUUAGAGUAAAUGUACUGAAUGGAAACCAUGUGAUCUCCUAAGUGAUUUCCUUCUUCCUUCAGUGCCUGUGGUGUCUUUGGAGCUAGGGGUGCAUUUGUAGGACUUGGAUGUGAUCUUAUUUUGGGGAAACUACAUAGAGACUACAUUGCUACCUUAGCUAUCCGGAAGCUACAGUUUGCUUAGUCGUUGAGAGAGUUUAUUAUUUAUGGGCAUUCUAGCUGGGGAAAUGAUUUUGGUUGAUUUAUUUCCUGAAAUGCUAGUGAUUAGAGUCAACAAAGUGACUCCCUUUCAAAAGGAGAGCUAAAAAAAUACAUUUGUAUAGAAGGUGACAUUCAGCCACAGAACCUACUCUACCUCAUCUAUCAUUCGUUGAGAAUUAGGCUUGGAAAAGAGAGAUUGUUAGUGUGCAGAUACCAAACAGGCCUUGUUGUAGGUUCCAUGAAAAUUCACAUUGAACACAUUCCUCAUCUGAGUGAAUGUUUCACCUGUAUCUUGAGUGACUUUAUUUUAAGCACAUCACUUCCAUAUUUCAAUAUGAGUAGAAGCAUAAUCCAGAGAUUUGUUGUUAGUAGUAAAUGGAUGUAGCUUCAGAGUGUGCUUUAGAAUCUCAGCUUAUAUUUGAAUUAAAAAAAAAAAAAAAUUUGUUUGAAUGGAACAUGUUCGGAUCUUGAAGCACGGUAAUUCUUUUCUCAUUCAUUUAGCCAUCUGAUCAUCAUAUAACAAGAUAUUGUUUUAAUCAACCUUUUAUUGUGGGUACUGCACCUUUAAUGAAACUUGUGUUUUGUUUUCUUUUUCUUGUGUUUAUUUUCAUGGCAUCUUUACAAUGUCCUGAACACUUUAUUAAUGCAUGUUCGUUAGAUUUGAAGGAUAAGAGUCAUACAUUUUAUUGUUCUCCAUAAAAGAAGUUUUAUAUUAAAUAGGUUUGUAAAGAAAGGAAGAACUGCACAGCUUUGUUGGCUUUAGUUUGAGCAGUCUGAUUUGGGGGUUAUUUUGCUAUUUUUACUGUAGGGAAAUGUAUUCACUUUUCAGUCUUUGGUAUUAAAUUUUUCACAAGUAACCAAAGUAAAAUAAAACAUUGGUACCUCUCUAAAGAUUAUAUUUUAAAUUAGUAAAUAAGAUGCCAAGGACCAUUAUUUUUAAAACUAAUUUUUUAUAAAUAAAACAAAGACAUGAAGUAUUUUUCUGUGACUGUACUGUUAGAUGUUAAAAAUACAGCCGUUUUGAUAUUGUUCCACAUGAUGACACAGCUGAGUUACUGCUUCAUGAAAAACUUGAUUGGCUUACGACUUAUCUAAAUACUCUUUGAGUUCUAAUUCUCAUAAAUUGAUUUUUUUUUUUUCCGAGUAUGAGCAGGUCCCAAUUUACAUUCCAUCUUUAUGCUUUCGCUCACCCUAGUUGUACUAAAAGGAUCCAUAAUGGAAGAAAAAAAAACUUAGAACUUUUAUUUGGAGCCAGAUUACCUGCAGGGACCAGACAGUUCCCUCCGUGAGUCAGGCCACCAGCAUGAGUGUGACUCACACAUUGUAGGUGUGGUGAGCCACUGGAGUAGGUGGAGAUCUCAGGCUAAUCCUAGCCACUCAAGAUUUCUAGUCUCAUGUUCCUAGCUCCUCCCUAGUUUUCAGAUUUUUAUAUGAAAUGUCUCAUUUCAAAAUGUUUUACUCAAAUAUAAAAAGAACCAUGGGGUACAGGCAAAGGCGUAGGGGAGCACAGUUAGUGACCUGUGCGUGCUGAAGAAACUGGAAUAGAAAGUUCGUUCACAUUGCUUGCCGUGGGAAUAGAUUGCAGUAACUGUUAGCACACAAGAUUAGCUCACCUGUUUUUUAAAUUAUCUAAAAUUUUACCGUUAAAUUUUGAUUGAACAGUAAUUUUUUUUUUUUUUAAUCUGAGUGAUCAGUAGUUAUUGAGGCUGGUCCUUAACACCCAGCUGAGCUCUGCUGCACAGAAGAGGGAAUGAGCACUUUAAUUAGAAAAGUGGAGAAGUAAUUUUCUGAGGGAGGAGCUGUGUGAGAGAAAGUAGGCUUCAGGAAAAUGAGUUAGGACAGUCUUAAACUACUGGGUAAUCGUGUUGAGGAACAGUAACAAGUAAAGACGGGUUUAUAAAAGGCAAUAGGAAAACUUCAUAGUUAACCUUGGCCUGAAAUUUUUGCCUAGGACCAGCCUUGGUACCAUGAAAAGGCAGAUGAAAUUCCUCUUUCUCUUCUCUUCAUCCUUGCCCAUGUACCAUAAGAGCCCUGCUCUCACUGAAAAUUCUGACUAGCAUACAGCUACAUUGUAGAUUGAGUAGACUUCUGUGGCUAUCCAGAAGCCUAAACCCACUUAAAAUUGGAACCUGAAAAUAGUUUUUCAUAGAAAUAAAUAAAUAUAAGACCUGACCUGUUCGUAAAUUGAGGAUUGCCUGUGCUGUUUGUUUUCAUUAAAAAGCAAGUCAUCAUAAUGGACCACAACUAGCAUGCCCUCCACCAAUCUGAGUCCAAAACAACUAGAUGGUGCCCAGCUACCACCUCUGACAGGGAUCACAAUAGAGGGUCCCCAGUAGAGCUGGAGAAAAAUAUAGAACAAAAUACUAACUCACAAAAAAAGACCAGGCUUACUGGCCUGACAGAGACUGGAGAAACCCCAAGAAUACAGCCCCAGGCCACCCUUUGAGCUCAGUGAUGAAGUCACUCCUGAGGUUCACCCUUCAACCAAAGAUUAGACAGGCCCAUAAAACAAGACUUAAAGGGGCACACCAGCCAAAGCGCAAGGACUAGAAGGCAGGAUACGGGAAAGCUGUUAAUAGGGAACCCAAGGUCAAGAAGGGAGAGUGUUGACAUGUCGUGGGGUUGUUAACCAGUGUCAUAGAACAAAAUGUGUACUGUUUAAUGAGAAGCUAGUUCUGUAAACCUUCAUCUAAAGUACAAUUAAAAAAAAAGUCAUCGAAUAAGAACUCAGGCAGUAUUACUACUAAGUGGAUACCAUUGGUAAUGUUAGAGUUCUGCACCAAUCUGAUAUUGCUGGUAUCAGCAAAUUCUUUUUAAUGAAAAUGAUUACUCAGCUUUUUUUUCUUUUUUAGUUUUAAGUAUAGGAGUACUCACAUCAUAUUUUUUUAUGCAAGGAAUCUUUUUAAUAAAGGUACUUCUUGGGAAUAAUAGAUUAUAUUAAAGUCAUAUUUAUUGCUGCUUAUUAAAUAUUGUUCAGGACCACAUAAGAAAUGUGUCAUUGUUUAUACCAGACAUUGACAGAAAAGUGAAUACAUAAUCAGAAAAAUUCUAAUUAAUAUAGUCAAAUUAGUAAGCUCUGUUAUUUUGAAAAUGUCCAGUGAAUAAUAGGCAGCAUUGUUUCUUUUUUAGAAUAUUCCUUAAUUAACUGCUGGUACCCUUUGAAGACUAAAAUCAAUUGAUUGCUUAUAUUUCAGAGGUCUAAUUUUAAGAGUUAAUGAAGUCUUAUUAAGACUUAAUAUUGUUAUUCUUAAGGCUCAUUAAGACUUAAAGAAGUCUUACUAAUUAUAAAGCUGGUGGAACCUGAAGAUAAAAGGCACUCUGAAUAUUCCAGAAAGGCUUAAUGACAUUCU